GAUGUGGCAACAUUAGUUUUUCAAUCACGUUGUGCUGCAAUUGAAAACAAUUCCUUCAUACAAAUUGUUUAAAGUUUUGUGAAAUGCCGGAUGAUGAAGGAUCAGAUCAGAAACCUCCCCGUCGGGGUGGACCCAAACGUUAUUUCCAGUCCCCUGUCGCUGAGGAAGACGUGAAGCCAAUUAAAUUAAAAAGUGCCAGUCAACAAAACUUCUCGGGCGAAAUCAUUAAGGUCGAACAAGAUAAGCAGGUACCGUUCAGAAAAGCCUUUCAUCGUAAAGGAACUGCCCAUAAACAAAAUAAAAUAUCUUCUUCGGAUGUAAAUAAAAAACAUAAAAUUCCAAAAGAUACUCUUAAAAAGUACCAUAAAGGGCCUAAGGUCCGAACAAAGGGUGUAAAAACAAAAUUUUUCAAAGAAAAACAAGAGCGGAAAGAAGUGUACUUGGAGUAUGCAACGGAGCAAGCGGCGCGUACUGAAAUUUUACUUACGGAGAGGCAAGGUUUCAUUGAACCCGACGAAGAAGAGCUGACAGCACAGUAUAGACAAGAGGAAAUUGCUCAAAAUGUCGAUAUUUUAUCAGCAUCGAAGCACUUUAAACUUAAUCUUGAUUUCGGACCGUAUUCCAUGCGAUAUACUAAGAAUGGACGACAUUUGCUUCUUGGCGGUCGCCGGGGACAUGUUGCUGCCUUUGAUUGGGUUACGAAAAAACUCCUAUGUGAAAUGAAUGUCAUGGAGGAGGUAGUUGAUGUCUCUUGGCUGCACGUUCACACCAUGUUUGCAUGUGCACAGAAGGAUUGGGUUUACAUUUAUGAUAGUCAAGGCACAGAACUGCAUUGUGUUAAACGUUUGUAUAGAGUUAACUGUAUGGAGUUUCUGCCUUAUCACUUUCUACUUGCAACCGGCAAUAAAGAUGGUUAUGCAUCUUGGUUAGAUGUAUCUAUUGGUGAGUUAAUAAGCAACUUUAAUACAAAACUUGGAGACAUACGAAUUAUGCAUCAAAACCCCGGUAAUGGUGUUUUGUGUAUUGGCGGUGGUAAGGGUGUGGUGUCCAUGUGGUCGCCUAAAGUACGAGAACCCCUCGCAAAAAUGUUAUGCCACUCCACACCUAUAAGUGCUUUAACUGUUGAUCCCAAAGGAAAAUAUAUGGUGACAGCAGGCCAAGAUCGUAAGGUUAAAGUGUGGGAUAUACGCGCUUUAAAGGGACCAAUGGUGAGCUAUCAGCUAAGAUUGCCAGCGAAUCAAGUCGUCGUUUCACAACGUGGAUCUUUGGCGUAUUCACAAGGUACAUACUGUGAGAUUCAAUCGAAUUUGUUAAUUGGAAAAGAGGCGAGAACGCCCUAUCUGCGACAGACCUGUGAUUCCUUUGUACAUGGAUUGCGUUUCUGUCCAUAUGAAGAUAUUCUUGGCAUCGCCACUGCUAAAGGUUUCCAAUCAAUGCUUGUGCCCGGCUCUGGUGAACCUAAUUAUGAUGCAUUGGAAGAUAAUCCUUAUCAGACCAAGACGCAACGUCGUGAACACGAGGUACACGCACUCUUGGAGAAAAUACCACCAGAGCUCAUUACGUUGGAUCCGAAUGAAAUUUCUGCUGUCGAUGUGCCUACUUUGCAGGAAAAAGUAGAUGCAAAGGGAGCCUUGUUCCAUUUGAAACCACCUAAAAUAGACUUCAAAUCUCGACAUAAAAUGAAAGGACGCGGUGGAAGCGCAAAAGCCUCACGUAAUAAACAAAUUGUUAAAGACCUCAAGAGAAAAGAGUUCAUUGAAGAUGUCAAAAAGUCAAAGCGGACUGUCUUCAACCAGCACACAAAAAAUUCCAAUGAUUUUAUACCACUGGAAACGAGUGAACCAUCAGUACUCGAUCGUUUUAAGUCGAAAGCUGCGAAGAAAAAGUGAUAUUGUAAAAUUUAUUGUCGCAAAGUUUGUCCUUCACUUCCUUUAAAUAUAAAAAAUGGAAAAAAAUCAAUU